AUGUUGUACGCCCGUAACGAUGCGAAUAUCCGGGUAGAGCAGAUCUGCUCCAUACCCACGCGCGAUAUACUCUGGCUUCGGGUCAACGGCAUCCUCAUCAUCAACUUCUACCGACACGAGGGGAACCCCGAGCCACUUGACUACCUCCUCUACAAGCAGGAGGUCCCUGAAAAGUGCCUUGUCGCGGGCGACUUCAACGCCUACCGCUGCUUCUGGCAGCCUGGAGUGCGGAGCGCAAGAUACGGGACGGCCAUUGCAGAAUGGGCGGCUCAUAACGGGCUCGGGCUGCUCAACGCGCCAGGCAAGGCCACGCACGUCCGGGGCAACUCCAUCGACCUGGCCUUUGCUAAUAUUCCCGCCGCUGACGCGCUUAUAGAAGACCACCUCUUCACAGGCUCUGACAACUUCACGAUCAGCAUCACGUUCCCUGGCGGGGCUCUCCUACCUGCGAGAACAGCCAGACCAAGGUUAAGUUCGGAGGAAAAGACGAAGGGAUUCGAAGAACUUGCGCGAGCUGGGGUCGUAGAGCUGCCCCGACCGGCAGCUGGGUCCCGGCACGUCCAGGUAGCCCGACAGGGGCUGCGCCAGGCGGUCCGGCGAGCCAAGAGACGCUUCUGGCAGAGGAUCUUGGAAGGCGCCGAGAGCAACCAGGAUGUCUACAAGGUCAUGCGGUGGUCGAGGAGGCCGAGUCCGUUCCGGGCCCCGCCUAUACAAGUAGGCGGGGCGGUCUACGAAACUCAGACGGAAAAGGCGGACGCACUUCGGGCCGAGAUUCUGGAGAGGCGCGUGGCCGCAGACGACAUCCCAGACCCCUGGGUUCCGGAGGUGCGGGCCUCGCACAGAGCCUCGACUGCAGGUUACGCUAGCCGACGCGCGCAUGCCUGCACGUCCACCGGGAACACCUCCCUGGGAGUCGACGGCAUCACUGUGCGGAUGCUGCGUCGGGCCUGGAACCACAUCGGCGAGGCAGUGAGGGAGCAAUACGAGGGCUGCCUAUACCAGGACUACCACCCAGCCUGCUUCCGCGUUGCGGGCCAGUCUGCAUGA